AUGUAUCCAAAUCUUGGACCAGGAAACACACAACCAUCAGCCCCACCAAUUUCUUCUUCAACAUCUGCAUCACUACCUAAUCGUACUACGAAUACAAACCAGGCAGGAUUUUCAAGUAUGAUGUCUCAACCAUCCACUCAAAAUACACCUUAUGCGAGCGGACAACGAUCUCAGCUACCAUAUCCAAGUGCUUCUCCAUCAUCAUCUUACACAAGCCCUUAUCCAACAAAUGCUCAGCCACCAAAUACAAAUAAUUAUUCACCAUAUUCACUUCCAAACAUUGGACAACAACAACCCCCAGCAGCAUUUCAAGGUAGUGGUUUUAAUCAAAGUCCAUAUUCACAAGCAUAUCCUGGUAAUCAACGACCACCACUACCACAACAAUCAGCAAAUACUGCAAAUUAUCAAACUCCAUAUCAACAAUCAAAUCCUUAUCAGUCAUCAAAUCCAUAUCAACAAUGGAAUCCCAAUCAACCACCAAAUCCAUAUCAACAAUGGAACCCUAACCAACCAUCGAAUCCAUAUCAACCUCAACCUCAACAAGGUGGUUAUCCACAACAACAACCAUUUCAAAAUACCUAUGGAGCAUCAUAUCCUCAGCAACCUCAAGGUGGAUAUCCUCAAAACGAUCCACAAUUUGGUGGUGGUUACAACACAAAUCUUCCUAAUAAUCGUCUUCGAGAAAUAGCUACAAAAUAUGAAAUAAGUGAUAUAUUAGUACAACGUCUAAAUGUGCUUCAACAAUUUGAAAUUGUUGUACUUUGUGAUGAUUCUGGUUCAAUGAAUACACCUGUUGAUGGAACAACUGGUACUCGUUGGGAUGAAUUAAGAGCUAUCGUACAAAUUAUUAUCGAUAUCGGUACUGUAUUUGAUUCGAAUGGUGUUGAUGUACAUUUUCUUAAUCGACCUCCUAUGCUUAAUGUUACUGAUACUCGCCAAGUUAUUGAAUCGUUUAGUCAACGUCCUCAAGGAUUAACACCUCUUACUGCUGCUUUACGACGAAUUUUUCAAUCCGGAGCAAGUAAACCUGGUAGUAAUAAACGGUUACUAGUAUUUGUAGCUACAGAUGGAGCACCGACAGAUAAUUCUGGUAAUGUUGAUAUACAAAGUUUAGAAAAUUUAAUGCGCCAUGAACGUCAAUCAAAUACAAUGUAUGUAACAUUUCUUGCUUGUACUGAUGAUGAAGCAAGUGUAAAUUAUUUAUCUCAAUGGGAUCGUACAAUGAUAAAUGUUGAUGUUGUUGAUGAUUAUAAAUCAGAACGAGAAGAAGUACGUCGAACUAAAGGAUUCAAUUAUCCAUUUUCAUUUGGUGAUUACGUUGUUAAAGCAUUAAUUGGUGCUGUUGAUCCACAAAUGGAUGCUCUUGAUGAAUAUGCAAAUAGUAAUAAACCUUGGUAG